UAUCCGACCGGCACCGGGAGCCCUCCCGGGAGCCGGCAGCCGCCGGGCCGGGCGGGUCCAGGGCGCUACUCUCCAUCCCCGUGGCGGCCGCUGCCAAGGAGACGGUUACAGAAAACAGAUCAGACCUUGAAGAUCUGGAGCUUUAUGCAACUCCUCGGGAGCAACGGUUUCGCAGGUUUGCCAGUUUAGAGUUUGAAGGACAGCUAUAUAUGACUCCAUAUGACUUCAUUCAGGCUGUCACAAGUGAUGAGCCCAAACGUACUAAAAAGUGGCGAUCCCUUUCAAAGCAGGAGCUGAAUCAGAUCCUCAUGGAGACACCACCAGUUUGGAAAGGAUCAUCCAAACUUUUCCGUAACCUUAAUGAGAAAGGUGUGAUAUCUUACACAGAAUAUUUAUUCCUCUUAUGUAUUUUAACAAAGCCACAUGCAGGUUUUAGAAUUGCUUUCAACAUGUUUGAUACUGACGGCAAUGAGAUGGUGGACAAAAAGGAAUUCUUAGUGCUACAAGAAAUUUUCAGGAAAAAAAAUGAGAAAAGAGAAAGAAAAGGAGAUGAAGAAAAACGUGCAAUGCUGCGUCUUCAGCUGUAUGGAUAUCAUACUUCUACUAACAGUGUCCUUAAAACAGAAGGAGAGGACCUUGUUCCCAGAAGCUAUUGGGAUACUUUGAGACGUAGCACAAGCCAAGCACUCUUUUCGGACCUUGCGGAGCGUGCUGAUGAUAUUUCAAGUUCACUGUCAGAUACUACACUGCUUGUACACUUUUUCGGCAAGAAAGGAAAAGCUGAACUGAACUUUGAAGAUUUUUAUAGAUUUAUGGAUAACCUACAGACAGAAGUUCUAGAGAUAGAAUUCCUUUCCUACUCUAACGGGAUGAACACCAUUAGUGAGGAGGACUUUGCCCAUAUUCUUUUGAGGUAUACAAAUGUGGAAAAUACAUCAAGUUACCUGGAAAACAUGCGCUGCAGGAUUCCUGAAGAAAAGGGUAUCACAUUUGAUGAGUUUAGAUCAUUUUUCCAAUUCUUGAACAACCUAGAAGACUUUACAAUUGCGAUGCAAAUGUAUAAUUUUGCAAGUCGUUCCAUAGGUCAGGACGAAUUCAAACGUGCUGUGUAUGUAGCCACAGGUGUGAAGCUUUCACCACAUUUGGUGAACACUGUGUUCAAGAUUUUUGAUGUUGACAGAGAUGACCAGCUGAGUUACAAAGAAUUUAUUGGCAUUAUGAAAGACAGACUCAAUCGAGGGUUUAGGGAGACUCCAAAAUAUGGUUGGAAGGAAUAUUACUCUUGCGUGAUGACUGUAACCAGUGAACACCUCAGAGAUCUGUGGAAGCAGUUUCGGAGACGAGAUAUGCUGAGAUAAAGGAAGAAAGAAUGGUUAUCUGCACUGGCUAGAACUAUUUAUCUCUAUGAAUUCCUGAUGGAAGAACAAACUAACCCAGGUGAACUGUGAAUUUUACAGCUGCAGUAGAAAACACAGGACUUCUUUUCCACUUAGUCUAGUGAUCAUCAACUCUUACAACUGCUUUUCAGUAUGUAUUUUAUUUAAAUUAUGAACUAUCACGAUUGGCAGAAUUUUUUUCUUAAGAACGUUUUGAAUAUUUUUUAUUAUUUUGAGCUAAGUUUGCAAUUUAAAGGAAAAGAUAAGUAAGUUUUACACCUGGGUAGGCAAAUGUGGCAAUGAAGAGAAACUGCAGCAGCUUAGACUGUGAAUUUUCUUUCAGAAGAGCACUAUGAAAAGUUUGUGCAAAAUUGGCAAUGAGAAUGCAUUAAGUAGCAUAACAGCUAUGUACAAGUUGAAUGGACAAAUUAAACUCUUAGAAGCUAUUACUUUAAAAAGAGUAAAGCUGUUAUGGUUAUAAUGUGAAUGAUAGGUAUUUACCUAGGGAAGGUACUGUAUGGACUCUGAUGUUCAGAUUCUCCAAGUCUUACUAUUACAUUCAGUAACUUAUCCUUUUUAAAAAAUAGUAUAGAUUUUAAGAUGUCUUAUGAGCAGUAUGUAAAAAAAUCAGUGUUCAAAUUCAUGUUAAGUAAUACACACUUUGUAAUAUUUAUUACAAAUUUUAUUGCGAUACAUAUAAAUUCACAGAUAUAUUUCCAGUAGAGUAAAACUUCAUGUGUUUCUUGUGAAUAGUGCACUUUUUUAUGAAUUGGCACUGAGUAGAAAUUAUAGCCAUCUAAUUUGCUACUCUGGAAUGCAGUGUCUGGAAAAUAGAUAACUUGUGCAUGUGUCAAACAACAAAGUAAAACAAAACGUGAAUGCAUGCAACAGUACAGAGCAACACUAAGUAAUAUUUGAAUAUUAUACAUCAAAUAUUAGACCACAAAUUAGGCUUUACAAAGGUCAUGGAGAUUACACGCAGGCAGUAGCCACUAUGCCCUUUCAUGCCCUGUAGGUUUAGAUGUUACUGAAACAGUGGUAAGGACACUGUUAUAUUUGUUUUUCUUAUUCUCUAAAUUCUUUUUGCUGUCCAGCAGCAGCAUUUUUCCUUAUUCCCUUUCAAUAUUAUUGGUAUGUGGUAUCAAUUAAACCCACAAAAACAUGAACACCUAUUUCUUACAUCCUUCUUGGAAGGUUUGCUGGACGUUAAAUAAGUCUUUACCUAUUGAGGAACAAUCUGUGCCUUGAAAUAGUUCUAGCUGAAUACACACAGACUAAAACUAAUGUCAAGAAGUUGUUAUCAGAAAGGCAAAUAUAUAGUGGAGUCAGAUAAUUAAAAUACAAGAAAAAUAAUGGUUUUAAAUCUUUUAUUAUUCAAAAUGCAUGAAAGUAAACUUUGCAAAAUUCUGUUUAGUGCACAUGUUGCUCAAAUACCAUCUGAUUAUCAUGUGAGUAGAAUGGAUGUAUAGCACCUGUGUAAGUGUAGCUAAGUUUAGAAGUGCUUAAUUUAUAAUAAGAUUUACCUCUGCUAAAAAAAUUAAAACAAAAUGAGAAGGAAGGUGGGUUUUAAGAAAUACCACACUGGGCAUUUUAGAAAAUAAAAUGUGCUACAUGUGUCUUUCAUCUGAGCUGGGUCAGAAAGCAAUUGAAGGGUGCUACUUUAAUUAAUGUUUAAUGCUAGUUGCUUACAAAAUAUCCACCUUGGUGUCGUUAAACUACUGACAACAAGAAAAUCAAACUGGGAUGAAGUUUUUUGAAUUGUUACAACAGAACACAGAUAAGCUGCAAUCUCUGUGUGAUGAUUUAGGGAAUCAACUGUAUUCAAUGUAUCAUCUUGGUACGCAGAACUGUCUCACUACUUCUUGUCAGCAUAUGCAAAACCCAGAUUGCUACUUCAGUGAUGAAGGACAAAAAAAUGGAAGAAAAGUUAGGGAGUUCCUCUUCAUUCACUCUACUGCUCAAGCACACCAAUCCUCCCCUUGGAAGCAGCAGUGCCAUUAUCAUUUUGCUCCUCCACUGCCCUAAGCAAUAAUGCACUUUGCUUUUACGGCUGGCUUGAGACAAUUUUAUCAUUUUUAUAUGUAUUUCCUAACUAUGUUCACUUAAUAUAAAAUAGAAUGUGAAAGUGUCAGAUUAGUUUUUAAGAGUAUUUUUUCUCCUGUUUAAUAAUAAGUUAUUUAAUAUAAAUAUGAAUAUGUGCAUAUAAUAUUCUUGUUUAUUUCAAAAUAAAUGCACUUGAAAUUAA